AUGUUCAGAAACUCCAUCAGAAACUUCGCCUCCACUUCCAGAGCCUUUGGCAAAAAGGUCUUCCUCACUCCAUCCAUCGAUGGCGUCAAGCAAAACCCCAUCAAAUUCGAGUUGUACGACGAUGUGGUGCCAAAGACCGCUGAGAACUUCAGAGCUCUCUGUACUGGUGAAAAGGGUUUCGGUUACGCCGGUUCUAUCUUCCACAGAGUGAUUCCAAACUUCAUGUUGCAGGGCGGUGACUUCGAGACCGGCAAGGGUUACGGUGGAAAGUCCAUCUACGGUGCCAAGUUUGCCGAUGAGAACUUCACCAAGAAGCACACCAAGCCAGGUUUGCUUUCCAUGGCCAAUGCUGGUCCUAACACCAACGGCUCCCAGUUUUUCAUCACCACCGUUCCUUGCCCAUGGUUGGACGGCGCUCACGUUGUUUUCGGUGAGGUCAUUGAGGGUAUGGACGUUGUCAAGGCCAUUGAGGCUGAGGGCUCUGGAUCUGGUCAGACCAGAUCGGCCAUUGUGGUUGAGGAGUCUGGCGAGCUUGAGUAA